AUGAAAGGGGUCCUCUCUAACCACGAAGGGGGCUGGGGUACCGGAGGAAGUUCUGACAGCCUCGUACAAGGGAAUGGAGGAGAAGUGCUGAUUGAGCAGUUCAGGAAGAACAGAGAGGAGGAGCGCAGACAGCCAGCCGAGAGACCCAGACGCAGGCCGACUGAGACAGACCCACAGAGACGACACAGAGAGGUGGAGACUGAAGGAGAGAUGCUGACCUUGCUGGCUCUACUCCUGGGGGUACUACCCUGCUCAGCCCCAGACCCCACUACUAGCUUCGUUGUGCCUCGGAAGCUGAAGCCAGUGAAAGAGGGGGCAGACCUCUCCCUUGGCUGCCUACUCAGGGACCCCAGCGCCACCGACCUCAGGCUGAGGUCGCUCGGUGGCGGGGCCCUACCCGCCGGCAUCAACUACACAGCCGACCCCCGGAAGGGUGUGGUGAUACACAACGUCCAGGCCAAUCAUGGCGGCCAGUACUUCUGCAGCGCGAGGAUCGGUGGAGUGGAACAGCGGUCGUCCAACUUCCUGGUUCAGGUCGUUCCAAGGCAUUAUCCGCCUCCGCCUCCGCCUUCCUUGGAGACGCAGGAGGAGUACGUACGCAUCGUGGGAGAGCCACUCAACAUCACCUGCAUGGGCAGCGACUCCUCCCACUUCUACACCCUGACCUGGAAGCACUCCUCCCUCAAGGUUCUGGUGAGCUCGUCCAGGUUGGUGAAUUCAUCCAAGGGCUCAGGCAAGGUGAUUUUCCACAGAACCGUCUCUGUCCCUGCUGUCACCCACAAUGACACAGGGACCUUCACCUGCGUGGCCACCAACAAGGGCGGAAACAGCACCACUUCCACCCACCUCACCGUCGUAGAUGAGCCCUACAUCAGGCCUCUUCUUCCAGCCUCCACUCAGACGAACGUAUCGCGAGAUGAGGACACAGGAGAUGAGGAGGGAGGACACAAGGACGCAGGACACAAGAGGACGUUUGGAGGAGAGGUGGAGGUGGCCGAAGGGAAGGACUUGGACCUCCAGGUGGAGCUGGAGGCCUACCCCCCACUCCUGACCCAGAGGUGGGAGACCCCCAGGCCCCUCAACACCUCCAGCCUGCAGCCCUCCUUCUCCAGCCACAACCACAGGUACCGUGCCAGGCUGCGGGUGAUCAGAGUACGGCCAGAGGACAGAGGAGUGUAUGUCCUCCACAGCGGCGGCCGUCUCCUCUCCAGCUCGGUGCACUUCCUCCUGCGUGUCGCCUAUAAGCCCAGUGCAGUGAUCUUGAAACAGAACUCCUCCUUUUUGACCUGCUCCUCCACUGGAUACAGACUACCCACAAUCCUAUGGUACCUGUGUCCGGGGAACCAAUACUCGUGUGGUGACAAUGACACCCUCCGUGUGCGUCCCACUCCUGAGAUGACUCUCUCAGAUGAUGGGGAGGUGGUCCACAGCCAGCUGCCCUUGCCGUCCACUACUGAUGAUGUCACAGUUGAGUGCGUGGCUUCCAACAGUGAGGGAACUGCCAGAGACAUCUUGGUCACACACAUGGCUGCCACUGGAGUGUUGUCCCAGCUGGGUACACCCAUAGUGAUAGGAGCGAGCUGUGCGGCUGGUGUCCUCCUUCUUCUGCUGGUCAUCCUGCUGUACAAGUACAAACAGAAGCCCAAGUAUGAGAUCCGCUGGAAGAUAGUAGAGAGCAGCGAUGGGAACCAGUACACCUUCAUAGAUCCUAGCCAGCUGCCCUACAACCAGCAGUGGGAGUUCCCCCGGAGCCGGCUCAGAUUGGGUCCGGUGUUGGGUGCUGGUGCAUUUGGCAAGGUCGUGGAGGCCACCGCCUACGGCCUGGGUAGUCAUGACAAUGUCACCACAGUGGCUGUUAAGAUGCUCAAACCAAGCGCCCACUCGGAGGAGAGAGAGGCACUGAUGUCAGAGCUGAAGAUUCUCAGUCACCUGGGUAACCAUGACAACAUCGUGAACCUGCUGGGGGCCUGUACCCAGGGAGGUCCCAUGCUGAUGAUCACGGAGUACUGUAGCCAUGGCGACCUGCUGAACUUCCUGCGAGGGAGGGCCCAGGACUUCCUGGAAGCCAAUCUGAGUUGUCCGGAGGCUCCGGAAGACAAGAGCCUGUACAAGAACACAUCUAUCUCCACUGCUCGCAUCCGAAGUGACAGUGGGAUUUCCUCGUCAGACUCAGACCACUACCUGGACAUGCAGCCAAUCAGAAGCCCCCUAGAGCCCCAGUGUGAGGAUGAGCAACCAGACUGGACUCUGGAGAUGGAUGACCUCAUCCUGUUCUCCUAUCAGGUUGCAGAGGGGAUGGAUUUCCUUGCUUCCAGAAACUGUAUCCACAGAGACGUCGCAGCCAGGAAUGUCCUGCUGACGCAUCAUCGCGUGGCCAAGAUCUGUGACUUCGGCCUGGCCAGAGACGUCAUGAAUGACGCCAACUACGUGGUCAAAGGAAACGCUCGUCUGCCAGUGAAGUGGAUGGCCCCAGAGAGCAUCUUUGACUGUGUGUACACGGUCCAGAGUGACGUCUGGUCCUAUGGGAUCCUGCUCUGGGAGAUCUUCUCUCUGGGUAAGAGCCCGUACCCCAACGUGGUGGUGGACUCUCGCUUCUACAAGAUGAUCAAAGAUGGCCACCAUAUGUCCCGCCCCGACUUCUCCUCUCCAGAGAUGUUCAGAAUCAUGACGCAGUGCUGGAGGCUGGAGCCCACGGACCGGCCCACCUUCAGAACCAUCGCAGAGCUCAUCCAGAACCUGCUGCCAGAACACACUCAGCAGGCCUACAGGAACAUACAGGCUGGCAGACCAGCCCAGUGGAGAGGAGGGGAGGAGAAGGAGGAGGAUGGAGAGGAGGGGGAAGGAAUGGAGGAGGGGAAGAUGGAGGAGCAGGUCAUUAAGAGCUGUGAGGAAGACUGUGGGGGUCCCACCGUGAACCAGGAGGAAGAGGAGGAGACUCUGAUGAAGGGCAACAACUACCACAUUUGCUGAGGUUAGAGGUCGGGAGGUCAAUUGAUCACUGCUGGCAGCUUGGGGUCAUGGGGGUCAGGGUCAGUGUUAGGAUUGGGUCUAUGGUUAGGGUAAGUGGUUGGGGUUAGGGUUGAAUUAAAUUCAAACAGUAGCAUUAAUCAUUAUCAUCAAAGCUGAGCUGUAUGAGUUAACAUUGCAGGUACUAAACUAGGCAACAAUGUAAACAGACAGGUACUAAUGUGAGUUUUGUUUUCUGUUUUACAAGUAAAUAAUUGUAGCUUUGUUGUUUUCUAACCUUUGAGAUAUGUCUUAAAUGGUAAUGUGAUAGUAUCAGCCAUGUGUUACCGGGCAGAAUUCAUAAGGAGAAUGUUCUCAGUUAGGAGUGUUGUCUCUUGCCUGGCCUUUUAUUCAAAGCCACGUACAGAGUGGUUUUGAACCUCAUCUUCAGUCAAUGCUGUACUACUGAGGUAAACGGUGAGAAAUAUAACAAUACAAAUGAGAUGCUUUUAUCCUAAUCGAUGUAUGGGGGGAUUCUUGAUCUGAAGUUAAAUGCUCCACCACUGGCAUAGACUCCCAGCAUGUUCUCAAUGGAUCUUAAUCUGGUAAAAUGAAGGUUAAAUAAAAAAUGUUUUAAAUUAUCAAUUUUUUUUUACUUUACAGUGUAUGCAAGCAGGAAGGUUAAGGGUGCUAAUGUCUCUAUGAUGUCAUUAUGUGUUUCUGAAAUAAACUGUCUUUACAAA